AUGGACGAGCCUUAUUACGAAUCUGUGUUAAAAAAAGAAAAUAAAAUUGAAUAUGUUGAUAAUUUAUAUUUAUCAAAAAACAUAUUAAAUAAUAAAGAGAAUGCAUUAAACUAUUUUUAUACAUCUCCCUUUUACACAUCAAGAAGCCACUUAUCUUUAAAUGAAAAAAUUAGAUUAGGUAAAAAUAUUGGUGAUGAUGAAGAAGGUUAUUUUUUUGAUGUAACUUACGAUAAUUUAAAUAUUUUAAAGAAUAAUGAACCAAGUGAUUUGGUAAAUAUUCAUAUAUAUUAUAAUACGAAUUCAAUAUUUCACAUUUCUUUAAUACAUAGAUAUAAAUUAAAAAAUAUUAUUUGUAAUAAAGUCAUACAAAUGUUUUGUAUUUUUAAUGGAAAAAUUUAUAGUUCACGAUCUUUUGGAGAAUUAUUAACUAAUAAAAUAAAUAGUAUUGUAAGAAAUGUAGAAAAUUUUUUUGAUUGUGUUAAUAAUAUGAUGCACUUUAACAUAACAUCAAAUUAUUAUUUUGAAAGUAAAGCAGAUGAGGAGCUUGAUGAUAUUUACAAAAAUUAUCAACUUGAUGAUGUGUUCAUCUCAACAAAAAAAAAAAAAAGUUAA